GAAGUGCGUCAUUGUGGGGUCGGCGGUGCGAUGGCGGCUGAAGGAGACGUCGAGCUGGAACUGGAGGCCGAGCCCAACGGCUCCGCGGUCGGCGGGGAUGGCGCUGGUGGGCGCCCGGCUGAGAAGCCGCGGAAACACGACAGCGGCGCGGCGGAUCUAGAGCGCGUGACCGACUACGCGGAGGAGAAGGAGAUCCAGAGCUCCAACCUGGAAACGGCCAUGUCAGUGAUAGGAGACCGGAGGUCUAGAGAGCAGAAAGCAAAGCAGGAGCGAGAAAAAGAGCUGGCAAAAGUCACCAUCAAGAAAGAGGAUCUGGAAUUGAUUAUGAAUGAGAUGGAGAUAUCUAGGGCAGCAGCAGAACGCAGCUUACGAGAACACAUGGGCAAUGUGGUAGAUGCACUAAUCACUCUUACCAAUUGAGAACUCUAUGCUGGGGGCCUACAUGAUAUUUUGAAGUUAUUAAAUAAAAGUGUGAUUUUCUAACUCACUGUGUUAUAGAUUGAUCCAGAUUAACCAGUUGUCUUCCCCCAAUUAACUGAAAAGUGUUAUGUUUUUAACUAUACCCUUCAAGAAUUUUACUGAACUCCACAUUUUCUACAUAUGCAAUUUUUAAUUGAAGAAAUGCAUUAAAGAAAAUCAGAAAAAGGC